CUGAGGGCCCAGAGAGUGAAUCAUUGCUCCUGAGUCACCCAGAAGUUGCCAUGGCCCGGUUGCCAGGGGAACACAGUUCAGAAGGUGGCUACAGAGACAUGUUCCAGGCUGGAGAGAAGCAGCUCCCUGAGCAACUGAAUUCUGCAAUGCCUUAUGGAGUCCUGGCUACUCUAGCUGAGGAUGACUCUAGUCAGUCAGAAGAAGAGGGUAGCAGGGCUCCUUCAAGCUACUCCAGGGAGACCUUUGAGUCCUUCACAGAGGAAGAGAAGGAGAAGGUGGUAGGAGAAGAAAAUCAACUGACUGAAAGGAAGCCCUCUGAUGCCUUGGUGUCUUCUGAAGACUGCCAGACCUGGUCCCAUGCCUCUGAGAGUCUUCCUGUGAGCAAGAAGCUGACACCAAGCUUAAAGGAUGGAGAUGAGCCAGUGAACUCAUUGGAUUCUGUUGCUGCAGAAGAGAAACUGAAUGAAACAUGGAUCCAGGUUCUCAAGGCCAAAGAUAGUCCUCCUGGACAGCACCAGGAAGGCUCCACAUCCCAAGCAGAGCUGUUCAGGGACUUAAGCCAACAUGCUGCCCAGUCACCUUAUUUUGAAGAUGAGAAAACUGAAGUCCAGAGAAGGCCUGCAAGUCCAGAGAGUGAAUCAUUGCCUCUGAAUCACUCAGAAGUUGCCAUGGCCUGGUUGCCAGGGGAACCCAGUUCAGAAGGGGGCUGCAGAGGCACUGUCCAGGCUGGAGAGGAGAAGCAUCUUGAGCAACUGAAUUCUGCAAUGCAUUAUGGAGUCCUGGCCACUCUAGCUGAGGAUGACUCUGGUCAGUCAGAAGAAGAGACUAUUAGUGCUCCUUCAAUCUAUUCCAGGGAAACCUUUGAGUCCUUCACAGAGGAAGAGAAGGAGAAGGUGGUAGGAGAAGAAAAUCGACUGAAUGAGGGGAAACCCUCUGACUCCUUGGUGUCUUCUGAAGAAUGCCAGACCUGGUCCCAUGUUUCUGAGAGUCUUCCUGUGAGCAAAAAGCUGACAGCAAGCUUAAAGGAUGGAGAUGAGCCAGUGAACCCAUUGGACUCUGUUGCUGCAGAAGAGAAAUUGAAUGAAAUGUGGAUCCAGAUUCUCAAGGCCAAAGAAAGUCCUACUGGACAGCACCAGGCAGGCUCCACAUCCCAAGCAGAGCUGUUCAGGGACUUCAGUCACCAUGCUGCCCAGUCACCUUAUUUUGAAGAUGGGAAAACUGAAGUCCAGAGAAGGCCUGCAAGACCAGAGAGUGAAUCAUUGCCUCUGAAUCACCCAAAAGCUGCAAAAGACUCAAAAGAGGCCCAGGAUGCUCUGGGGUCAUUUUGUGCCACUAAGAUAAACUUGAUUCAUCAGCAGAUGAACCCUCGGGAGACAAAGAAGAUCAGGCAUCAGAAGCUGCACCAAAGACCCAAUACAGAGAAGCCAGGGACACAUGAGAUAAACAAUUCUGUUGUUCCUUUACAUCUGAUGAACAGAAUCUAUCAGCAAAACCUGAGGGUGAUGCUCAGCAAGGCUUCAACAAUUAGGGAGCAUGAAAUUUCCAAGUGCCCAGAAUGUACUAAGAAAAGAGGAGAACUAGCCCAGAAGGCUUUUCUGCGUCAGAAAAAAACCUUCCUAGAUUCAGGUCUACUCAAAGAGAAAAUUGAAAAGUGCUUCUAUACCAAAGAUUUUCUCAGUCUCAUUGGAGAAGUCCACCAAAGCCUUCCCAGACUUUCUGAUGACCCAAAGACCAUCUGGAAAAGAUUGACUACUCAAGGUCAGACUGGCUAGAUUUUGGUUCAGCUCCAUCCCUGAGUAGGUGCUUGGAUGAAAAUAUCAGACUCUCACCUCCAUCCUAUGUCCCAUCGAAAGCCUGUUGGUGCAGCCAGGGAUUAAUGAUAACUUGAUCAAUAAACAAGUGUUUCUGUUAAAAAAGAAGUCUUAAAGCCAUCUCCUUAAAAAGAAAGUACAACACACUUAAAUUUCAUCUGCAUUAUUAACAUUUUCUCCAGCUCUUAGUCAUAGCUAGACAAUCCACAAAAUGGAAGUUCUGAUUUAUAGGAUUUACCCACCAAGGAGGUGUAAAUGUCACUGAAAAUUUUAGUCAGCUCUGUGAAUCCUUUAGAGAUGGCUCCAACACAUUUCUGAUCUUGGUUAGAGGUUCAUGAAACAUUUAAGUGGCAUGUUGUCUAGUCUGGAUAUACUUACAGAUGACCCGGGGAAAGGACCAGAGCAAAAGCACCAGAGGGCUUGAAGAUGAAGAGAAAAAUUAGUGUUGUUUUUGCCUAAAAGAUCAGCUGAUUGGUACUUAGAUUCAAAUUAUAAGGUUGUGGAAAUUAUUGCAAUGAAACACAUUUGUGGUUACAGGCAGGAAGCAUUUUUGAAGACUACAUUGGAACAAGUGGAAACCAGCAUCUUAGCAGUCCAUGUUUGUUAGCCCUUAAGGGAUAGUCUCAGUAAAUAUGUAUUGUAUAGUGGAAAGAACAUUGUGAACCGAAUUUUCAUUGCUAGUUUUGCUAUUUACUAUUUUGGGGACCAUAUAAAGUCAAUUAACCUCUUUGGGUUUCAGCAUCUCAUUUGUAAAAUGAGGGCAUUAGACGCAGGGUCUCUGAGGUCUUGUCAAGUCCCAAAAUGACGAUUCUAUGGAAAUAGGUGUUCCUAGGGCUCAGCCAAGUGGCCAAGAAGCAGCUCCGGCUGUUCUAAAUCACAUGUUGCAAUGGUGUUUGGUCAGUCACCAAGAAACCUUAAGUUGAACCGACCACUCUUUUGCUGACUCCAUAUUAGAUGGAGGGCGUGUCUUCAAAUGAUUCUCAGGCUGAUUGAGAAUAUUAAAUAAAUUCUGUGCUUUGGGACAUAAACAACCAUGCCAACAAAAAUCCUUUUCUAUUACUAAUACACAGGAUUUAAUUUGUUGGAGAAAGAAACAAUAUAUACGAGGCCAAUUAUCAUUAGAAAUAGGAAUUUCUGAUAACUUUACAUGUGGUAAUGGGUGAGAUUGGUUGGUUUGUUCUACCUAAGAGAACUUUUUUGAAUUAUCUUUUAGUAGAAGGCACGAGAUGGGAAAUAGGGAGAAGUAUGUCUGCCUUAUGACAGCUGAGGUUUGGAGAAAAUCUAAAGGAGACUGGCUCUUAGGAAAUGAAAGCCUAAGCUUAAAAACAAUGCUUGAAAUAUAUAGCAUAUAAUCACCCAUAAGAAUAUAAGAUUUGGCCCUUUGGGGUCUAUCUUUUAUAGGUCAUUACAAAUGAGAGAAUAAGAUAAAUUAUUAUGCAUAAAGGUUCUAAAUUUGGUAUAAUGUCCAGGUCUAUAGAUUUUGGGAGCAGUGCAGUUCCUUAAGGUAAUGAAGUCUAAGUUAUCAUUGCAUGAUGUGAGGUUGAAGUGGGUGACCAAGAAAAGAAAGUUGUGGGAGUUGAUGAUUUUUGUAAUCCAUAUGUUAGUGGUCACACAUUAAUAUUGAAGUUCAUAUGAUAAUGGAUGAAAAGGAGGACUGUAAAUCAGCUAUUAAGUCAUUUGAAAAGUUGGAACACUGACCUAGAGGUCAGUAGAAGACAAUUACAGGGAUGGGGAAAGGAAGCUAUGCAAUGAUUAAUAUAAAAUUCAAGAAAGGAGAAAUUAUAGGAUAGAGGUGAAGGAAUCCUUUAGUGGUGGUAAGCAAAAUAUAUGCAACCCUUCCUAAGAUUUAGAGUAGAAGAAAGGAUUACCUGCAAUGGACAACACUGCAAGGGGAUAUGGACGCUUUGUCCUCAAAGGAGAAAUAUGUUUCAGUUAAAGAAGAAGGAAGGAGUGCAAAUGGGAAUUUGUGUGUACAUGUGCAUGUGUGUAAGGGCUUUGCAACUGGGUAAAAAGGCUCAUUAUGAAUUCAGUU